AAAGGUCAUUAGCUGGAGGGGUGUUUAGAUGGGGCGUUACGUUGAUGUACUCAGGCCGAAUAAACUAUGAGUUUGCAGGUUCAGUGAACAAAGAAUGGAUAUGGAAAGACAACUUGUAUUACUUUCAUUCGCUGAAAGUCAAGAAAGAGUUGUGCUAUCACAGUGGUUGUGUUAAUACUAUCUGCUGGGAUGAUCGCGGGGAGUAUAUUUUGUCGGGUUCAGAUGACAGAUGUAUCGCUAUUGCUAACGCUUUUUCACAGGUUUAUUCUGUUAGCUGUAUUAGUUUAAAAAUAACGGUUUCUCCUUUCAAUCAGGAUUCUGAAGGUCAAAACGUCUAUAAUUUAAAGUUGCCUGCGUACAGUAACAUUUUUACAGCGAAGUUUCUCCCUUUUUCUUGCGGAAGCGAAAUAGUUGUUGGCUUUAAAUGCGGUUGUGUCACCCAUGUUAAUCCCAACUCUAGUAUAAAGGAUAGUCUCAAGAACAUUUUCUGUCACACGUUUGCCGUGUAUGACAUUCUUACUUUGCAAGAAAUGCCUACUUGCUUUAUAACACUAUCUCAUGACCAUUCAGCCACUCUUCUGGAUACCAGAAUCACCUCCGUGCACAAGAGUCCGAGUUGUAGUCGGGGAUGCUUCAACAACACAAACUCACCAUGGGUUUCAAAUUUUUCUGUUGUCAAUCAGUUAAAGUUUCAUUUUCCAGUAACUGCUGGUGAUAUCCAUCCUUUGAAUGGAUGUCGUUCAAUCGCGCUGGCAACUGCCGACGGUUUUGUACGUCUUUUCGAUAUUCGAAAGCUCGUUUCCACUUUGUCCUCCGCAGCUGUGGGUGACCCACCCCAACCUAUGCCAUUUCGUGUAGCCAGACCUCUUGGUUUACCCGCGAAGAUAAAUUCAACCAAAACGUUCAGAUUAGAUUAUGGACCAGGUCAUAUAACGUCAGUCAAGUUUGAACCUAUCUAUGACAAGGAUCAUACUCAGUUUUGGUUACCUACUGGCCGUAAACAGUCACUUUCGUCGAAUCUUGGUGGGAAACAUUUACUUGUCAGUCAUAUGUAUGCCCCUAUUUUCUUGUAUGAUCUUUGUUCAGAAGAAACGCUUAGCGACUCUGAAGUACAGCGACCUGAUUGGCUACCGAAUACGGAUACAUGCAGUCCAUCAUCGGAAACAGAAUCUCCUCGCUCAUCGGAAGAUAGCCUUAUUUCAGAUCCGAAUAUACGUUUAACUGUCUCUCUCUAUCGAUGGCUCACCCAACAUCGAUCCAGAACAGAUGAAAGCCCUGUGGAUGAAGCAUCGACUGAACCUCAAACAGUGUCUUCAAGUCCUGCCGAAUCAACGUCUGGUCAAACUUCUUAUACAGGUUCUCAGCGUAAACAAAAACUCCCCAUCGAUUACUUAACAGAUGCAUAUAUUUCUGACAUCAUAAAUUCUUCUCCAAGAUGUCGUGAAAUAAUGAAAUAUCGUGGUCGUGAAUGCUGUAGUACUGUGGUCAAAGUGUCAACAUUUUGGGGCCGGAAUUUUAUUCUGUCCGGAUCUGAAUGUGGUCAUUUAAUUGCAUGGGAUCGUAAUACAGGAAAGCCUGCACUUGCAAUUAAAGCAGAUACAUCUGUAGUAAAUCGAAUUAUUCCUCACUCUCUUUUUCCAAUGAUUGCUGUCAGCGGAAUUGAUCGGUCCAUAAAAAUAAUUGAACCUGAUCCAAAUAUAUACGAACAAAGUGAUGUUGACGAUGGUGAUGACCAUGGUGAAUCAGCGUUUAUGAAAGUAGUAAAACAACAUGAAGAAGAAGCAAGUCAGGUCUGUUGACAUUCUUGUCUAACUUUAUCAGUAUGUUCUGCACAGAUAGACAAACACAAAACGAAAUUACUGUAUGAUGUUAAUUAUUUAUUGUUAUAUGUUAGGUUGUGCUUUCUAAUCACUCGUAACGAAAGUUGAAAAUCUAACCGAAUUUUAAUUACUCAAUAUUAUUAGUUACUAAAAUAUCCGGGUUCGAAAGGAGGCCGUAUAGUUAUUUUGUAUGGCAGUGCAAAAAAGGAGCGAAAAGUGUGAGAUGAUUUCCCGACUCAGCAACCAAGAGAAGAGAAAUAAACAUAAAAAACUAAAUGAUUAGUUUGGAAAAUUAGAGUCGUUCUUUCUUUUAUAACAAAAUGACAGACUUACAAACAAAGUCUGUAACCUGGUUUGACAGAAAAUCUACAAAUUACCGUUGCAUACACUCAUAGAAAACUUUAAGUCUCUUACUGACUGUCAAAAUAAGAGUAGAUUUUCAUUUUAGCUGACGAAUAUUUAACUCACUAAAUCAUUUGUUCAUUCGUUUACUAAUUAAUGUUAUACAGUUAUGUCAAGCAAAUGAAAUAAGAACAAAAAAAAUGUUAAGUUCUGGUAAUAAUCACUUAGAUAGUAUCGCACGUCUACGAGCUGGUCGUGGUGAGUGCAAUUUUUAUUUACUUUACAUCUAUCAAAACUAAAGGCAUUUAUUAUUUCAUUAUACACCAUAUUUUACUUUUAUAAUUGGCAUCACGAACUGACUUUAGACAACCAUCGUAAACCAGGAGCACAGGACAACUGUUCCUAUUAUGGGGCUUCGUUGUAGUGUAUAUCUACGAUUCCACCAAGAAUCAAACGCAGGACGUUCAUAUCUCGCGUAAUCUCAACCUUUAAACUAUUCAACUAACAUUUUGUGGUUUGCACGUCUUACGUCAAUCAAUUCACGAUAUUCUACAACCAUCUUUCUAUGCUAUCUGUAGUUAACUGAUUUACACGCAACGUAGUUGAACUCCACUGAUCAAGUCUUUCCACUGGGUGUCCGAGAAAUUAUUUACAAGGGAGCAGAUAAUUAUGAUUAAUAUAAGGGUCGGAAAAACUGUCCAGUACUUCAUGUUUCUCAGUGUAUUGUAACUAAGAUCACUUCAUUAUGUAUAUUAUAGAAUUCAGCAAUCUGUACAAACCUCCUCUGCUAAAGCGUUCGUAGACUUCUCUUGAUUCAAAUGUGAAUAUCGUGAUAUAUCUCUCAUCCUAAAUUUGAAGUAAAUAUCGAACCAGUAUAGUAUAACAACUAUUCGAAGAGCUGUCUUACUUCUUGAAACAGCUUCAAAUAUAACCCUGUUAUCAACCAACUUCAUAAUGGCCUUCUUCACUAUAUCUCUGCUUCAAUCAACACUGUAUAAUCAGUCAAAUAAUUACUAUUUGUCCUACUUUGUCUCGGAGUAUUGUAGUUCCUAACCUCGUAACCUCAUUUUUGCACACCUAAUUUCAGUGUUGCUGGUUUAAUUGCUUCACUGUAUAUAGAAAAUAAAUUUGAAUAAUGUACCUACAAUUUUGUCAAGAUUUCUGUCUUCAGUCAUCUUCUUGCAGUUAAACAAUAAAAUGAUUAUAACUAAAUCAGAACUAAUUUAGUCGUAUAAUUAAAUUUAUUAAUAUAAUCAACAACAUUAUUUUACACUGACCGUGAUUAGGAUUUUUCAACAUUAGAAAAUCUAAUAAUAUUUUCGCCAGUUGAGUUUGUAUUUUCCAGUCUAUAAAUAUUUGAAUGCAUUUUCUGUAUAAUACAGUGAAUUCACAAUGAGAGAUAAAACUAUUCAAUCAGAAUGAUUACAGUGGAAUAUAUAAAGAGUGAUCAUCUUAUUAGCAAUAAGUGUUUAUCACACUCUCAUUUAAUUUAGAAAUAUGAUAUAUUAAUACAAUAACUAAAGCUUUGUAAAAUUAAUAAUUUAUCAAAAUAUCCUGAGUAUUAAUAAAUUUGUUGUACAGUGUUAUCCAAUAUGAAACCUACUACUAGAAGUGGAUAUGUAACAGCCUUAUAAGUUGUAUAUAUAUAUUUGGUGGCUCUAAUAAGAUGUACUAUCAUCCCAAUAUUUCUCACUACUUUACGAUGAUACUUUAUGCUUCGUGGGUUUCAGCGUACUUGAAUAACCUUUAUGUUAUCAUUGUUUGUUUCCAAGAAGUCAAGUGUCACUUUUAUUAAACCUUUAUAACCUUGGGAGAUGUAAACUAAUAUGUAUUUCUGUUAAUUAAUAUCACAUUAAUGACAUUAUGUUCUUACAUUUGUACAGUUGCACGAAUGAUUUUACUACGGCUCGUUGAAGGAACAAACUCCACAGAUUCAAGAGAUACCGAUACAAACACCUGAAGCUCGUCUGGCUGUGACUUUUCAUGAUUCUUGAUCUCUGUGCUUUCAACUGACUUUUAUUAUUUGUCAUUUAUUCGGAUUCAAAUUCAUGUUUUUGAGAAUCGUCUGUGACAUGCUUUUAUCCUUUCUUUAAAUUUCCCUUACCACAAAAUUUGUUAUUUAGUAUUUCGUCAAAUAGUCAUUUAUCCCUAUAAAAACGACCGUAUAGUACAAUGAA